AUGAAACGAUGGAGAUUCCAAACUUUAUUUCAGUUGGUUCUGUGCAUCGUCGUUUUGCCAACCUGUUGGUGUGCAAACGGGAAAUAUGCUCAGCAGCUCCUGAAAGAUUUAUUCACCAACUACACGAGUGCGCUGAGGCCGGUGGAGGACACGAACAACAUCCUGAAUGUGACCCUGCAGGUUACGCUGUCGCAAAUUAUCGACAUGGAUGAGCGAAACCAAAUUUUGACUGCAUAUUUAUGGAUACGACAAGUUUGGGUUGACGCACACCUCAACUGGAAUAAAGAUGAUUAUGAUGGACUCGAUACCAUCCGCAUACCUAGUAGUUAUGUAUGGAGACCUGAUAUAGUCCUAUAUAACAAUGCAGAUAAUCAUUUCACUGGCCCCAUGGACACCAAUGUGGUGAUCCGACACAAUGGGGAGAUCAUGUGGGACUCCCCCGCUAUCACCAAGAGCUCUUGCAAAGUGGACGUGUCUUUCUUCCCCUUCGACGCUCAGCAGUGCAGGUUCACGUACGGCUCCUGGACCUACAACGGGAACCAGCUGGACAUCCUGAACGCCAUGGACAGCGCGGACCUGGCUGACCUGGUGGACAACGUGGAAUGGGAGGUGCAGGGCAUGCCGGCCAAGAAGAACAUUAUCCAGUACGGCUGCUGCGCUGAGCCUUACCCGGACGUGACCUACAUACUGAAACUGAAGAGAAGAGCGGCCUUUUACGUCUUCAACCUGCUCAUACCGUGCGUGAUGAUCUCUUUCCUGGCUCCACUGGGCUUCUACCUGCCGGCUGACUCUGGAGAGAAGGUGUCUUUGGGGGUCACCAUGAUGCUGGCCCUCACUGUCUUCCAGCUGCUGGUUGCAGAGAUCAUGCCGCCAUCUGAUAACGUACCUCUAAUUGGAAAAUAUUACAUUGCCACCAUGACCAUGAUCACGGCCUCCACCGCCCUGACCAUCUUCAUCAUGAACAUCCACCACUGUGGCCCCGAUGCGAAGCCCGUUCCCAAGUGGGCCAAGACAGUCAUUAUGCAGUACAUGGCCAGAAUGUUCUUUGUUUACGAAGUCGGAGAGAACUGCAUGUCGCCACAACCAGAGAAGCCGGAGCUUCCUCUGGUGGCAAACACCGACUGCACCAUGAACGGUCAGGCAGGAGCAGGCCGAGAGGACUGUGGCUUCAAAAUGGAGCGAGCACAAGAGACAGAGCACGCAGAGGAGAGGGAGGACAUCGACCAGAUGAUGAGUCCUAUAGGCUCAAUGGGGAAGAACCCAACAAACCACUACAGUGCAUGGAAAAACGGUAAUUUCAUGAGCAUGGACUGCGGAGAUGCGGAGGGUCCGAGUAGAUGCAGGAAACCAGGUGUUAGCGACGGAGAGAGAAACGACAGGGAGACGUCCGGCAGCAGCCAAAGCAAUGAGAGGCAGCUGCUGCGUAACAUUGAGUACAUAGCCAACUGCUACAGGGACCAGAGGGCCACGCAGAAACGGACUGGGGAGUGGAAGAAGGUGGCCAAAGUUUUAGAUCGCUUCUUCAUGUGGAUUUUUUUCAUUAUGGUGUUUUUCAUGAGCCUGCUCAUUAUGGGAAAAGCCAUCUAACUGCAGAACAUUGGGGUUCACAUCAUACAUAUCCUUACAAUACCUUUUAGUUUCUAUGUUUCAUACAGAAACGUAACGAACAUUCAGAUUUUCCAAACUUGACACAACCCUAAGGUUGUGUCAAGUUUUAAAGCUCAGAACUGAAACAGCAAAUGAAAUCAAAAAGAUGUUCAAACGAUUCUAUUUCCAUAGUUUUAAGCUUUUAUUUGGAAAAUGUUUUUGCUUUAUGAUUAGUUUAUGUACAGCAACAUAUAUUUCUUGAUAUCAUAAGUAUUGGGUCAAAGGAUUAACACAAGCUGGGGACAAUUAAAUAUGAUAUCCACUGCUGCUUCACAAGUUCUUUUAUUAUAUUUCAUUUGUUCACGGAGCUUCAGUGCAGAUGCAGUGUAUCAUAUGUAAAGCCAGUAAACAAUUCCUUACCUCUGUCACAGAGAUUGUGUUUUCCAGAGUUUAUUUGUCUGUUGGUGUAUUUCUUUGGAGGAUUAUGCAAAAAGUCUUCAUUGUUUUUCACCAAACUUGGUGGAGGAUGAGGCCUGAAGAAGAAUCAUCUGUGGGGGUG